AUAUAGCGAUAUGAAGAACUUGUAACCAAGACAACUGUCGCUAGAGUUUUAUAAACUACCCUACUUUUAGAAAAAUAAAGAAAUUUGAUUGUCUUUUUGAGUACUUUAAUUCGGAAAUUAAUUAGAAAAUUAAUAUAUAGAUCUUUGAGACAAAAAACUUGGAAUAAACUGUCAGAUUUAAGUGGAAAUAUCAAAGUUUUUAUUAUCGCUCAUAUUUUAGCACUUUAAAAAUGCCAGGACUAAUAGAACCUCCAAUACCAAAAGGAAAAUUCCGAAUUCAUGGCUUGGAAGUAACUGAAGCAAUUGAAUUUACAGAUUGGCAACCAGGCAGAGAGUAUACAAAAAAUAUUACUCUGAAAAAUGUGCAAAUAAAAACUCAAAAAUUAAAAUAUAGUAAUCCUAGAAGUCGAUUCUUUACUACAAUUUACCCAAAGCCGACAAAGAUAAGUGCUGGUACAACAUUCACUCUACCAAUAACAUUUAGACCUCUUGAAAGAGUUGUUUACGAAGACUCCAUCUCUUUCAAGCUAGAGGAUGGUUUUGUCUUUGACGUUAAAAUAUCUGGGACUUUGCCUUCAUAUGCUAUUGAAGCACCAGAAAUAAUAGACAUGGAGAUGUGUGCAGCCAAGGACUGUAUAAAUUCCAGCUUUGUUUUAAAAAACUUGAGUACAUUAGUAACUCCUUUUAAAUUGCAAUGUCCGGAGCCAUUUUACUUGGAUCAAGUUAACGGAGUUUUGGAAGGAAAGGCCAAGAGUGGGGACGAUAUUGAGAUUAACAUUGCUUUUACUCCAAUGGAAGCAAAAAGAUAUAGUGGAACUGCUAUUCUUACCUAUGGCAACGACUAUCAAUAUGAAUUAACAAUAAAUCUGUUAGGAGUUGGUAAAUAUCCACAUCUUGUUAUUUCUGUUCCCGAAUUGAUGGAUCCGGCCGAAGUAACAACGCCUACUAGUGAAGCAGUUUGUCAAGAUCAUAGUCUGAAAUUUGGUGAAAAGCUACUAGAUUUUGGUCAAACAAACUCAGAUAUAUGCGUAGAAAGAUGUAUUGAACUCUUAAAUCAUUCACCGGUUGCUUGUCCGUUUAAAAUUACUCAACCGACUCUAAACAGUGUUGAUAGAGUUUUCUUUGUUAAACAAAAAUCAGGCCUUGUUCCACCUGCAAGUUCUCUGAGAUUGCCUGUCUACUAUCAAUCAAGUUGUGUUGGUUAUCAACAUACUGAUUAUUUUGAAAUAAGUACUAUUAGCGAAACUUCCAAAAGCUAUUUAAAGUGUAUUGGAAAAUCUAUAGGACCUACAGUUUAUUUAACAAGCGAAAUUGUUAGUUUUGGUCAAAUUGAUGAGGGUACUUCUUCUUCUGUAGUUAUUGAAAUUGUGAAUGAUUCAAAGCAAUCAGCUGUCUUUCAGUUUGAUAACGACAAUGAUAAUAGUGUUUUCCAAAUUACACCAUCAUGUGGCCAACUUUUAGAAAUGUCAAGAACUAACGUUACUUUGAAGUUUGAACCGAAAUUUAAUAUAAAUUUUCACAAGAGGGUUGCUUGCUUGAUACAUAAUCACCCUCCUCUUUUCAUCGAUUUGAUUGGAACAUGUCAUUCGGAUGUAGAAAAGCCAGCUGUUUUGCUUAAAGCGCAUGUUAAAAAAUUCCGUGUGCAUAAAGAGAGAGGAUUUACCACUAUUCCUCCUGAAGAAAUAAAUAAGAUGUUAGAGGAAAAAACGUUAAAUAUUGACUCUGAAGGAUUUAUAAGUGAUCCGAGAAAGAGCCCUGAGAGUGCUUCGGCCUUACCAGCAUGUAAGGACCCUUAUGAAGAUUACUUUCAGAUGAACAAAGAAAAUGACGAUCACAUUGCCAUGGAUGGAUGCUACAUGGACUUUCAAAGAGUAACAAAUUUAAAGAAUCUUGAACAACAAACUUUAAAUUUGACAAAUAAAACAAAAGGAAAAAUGACAGUUUGUUGGGUUACAGAUGAUGAAAAACCAUUCGUUAUUAGUCCUAAGGUUGCCGAUAUCCCACCCCUAAAGUCCUUUUCGUUCAGGGUCACUUUUAAACCGACUGAUAUGGGUACUCUUUACGGUGGCAAGUUAGAAGGCUAUGCUUUUUAUAAAAGUCUGAGAGAUUACAGGAUGGUGCAGAGCAUCAGCCAUUUUCUUCCUUUGAACCUAACAUUUAGAGUAUCAGGUCACACUUUUCCAGUAAAUCAGGAAAUCUUUAUUCCGAAAAUUUCGUUUAAUCCAACUAAUAUUGUUUUUCCGGCUUGCAAUCAAGGAGAAGAGACAUUUAGAACAUUCUCUUUCUAUAAUGAAAGUAGUCAAGCUCUAAUGAUUAAUGCUGUAGAUAAAGGCAUCUUCUCAGUUAUUCCGUCAGCUGCAUAUCUUCUGAAAGGUUAUCAAAUAUUUCUUGUCAACUGCAAACCUAAAGAAGUUGGCAGAUUUAAGGAAAAUAUAUCUUUCAUUCUAAAUGAAUCGGAAAAAAAUAAAGUGGACAUAUCAUGUUUUGGUUCGGCGGAAAAAGCUGAUAUUUCAUUGGAAAAUGACGCCUACGUUUAUUUUAAACCUACUUGCUUGGGAACUGAGAGUAAAUCAUCGUUUACUGUCACGAAUACAAGUAGACUCCCAAUGGCUUUCAAAUGGAAAAUAAACUCUGAAGAUAUCGAGACACUGAAAAUUGAACCUGCUAAUGGAGUUAUCCUUCCUGGAGAGCAACAGCAUCACGAGUUUACGUUUAAACCUUCCACGUCUGGUAAAUUUUUACUUAAACCCAGUAUCAUUAUUUGGGGUCAAGGACAAAGCGGGAAAACUUCUGGUGGAAGAAAAAGAGAGUUUCCUGUUCGAGUUGUUGGAGAAGGAAAUAUUGGAAAAAUACAGUCUGAUAGCAGCUAUAUUGAUUUCGGUACGAUAAUAGUAAAUACAUCAUCUUACAAGUACGUUUCCAUCCGUAAUACUGCUGCUUGUCCACUGCAUUAUGAACUGUCGCUGGUGGUAGAUGAUGAAAAUGCCACUGAGACAUGCAUUUUUAUCACGGAAGAUCAAUCAGGUAUUCUACCUGCAAAAUCAGCUAAAAAAAUUCAAUUGGUAAUGAGACCAAGUCAACGAAUGAGCUAUCAAUUCAAAUUGCUGUACAAAAUAAUUAUGGAUUCAGAUGUGAUAGAAACUGAACCCCUGUGUCAAAUUAUGGGCAGUGGCGUAUUUCCUACUUUAGAAAUUAUUGAUGCUAGAUCUGGAGGUUGUGGUAAAUCUAUUGGAAAGAAACAAUUAUGGACUCUAUUUAACUUGGAUAAACUUAAUAAGUCAUUAAACUGUGAUCCUCAACAAGCAGAAUUAAUGUAUAAUAGGGCAACGAGGCAAAGCUAUCGCAGACGACCCCCAGUUUACACUAGGUCUAUCGUUGAUUUUAACUUUUCCGCCGCUCCUGUAGGCAGUCAACCUUUUGAAGUGAAUUUAGUAUUGGAAAACAAUGGCGUCGUACCAUGUGAUUGGGAAUUUCUCUUUCCGACAGACUUACAAAUGGAACUGGAAUAUUGGGCCGAAACUGGAGAGUUUAGCGAAGAAGAAAUGCAAGAGUUAAAAGUUAUGGACAACAAACUCUUUUCUAUCCAACCGCAAAAAGGAUGCCUUGAAGCUGGUCAAACAAGAUCAAUUGUUUUAAGAUACUUACACGAUCUAUCCGGCAUCGAUAAAUUACCAGUUUUAUUAAAAAUCGCUAAGGGAAGAGAAAUUCUAUUAAAUUUCGUUGGAGUAACCGUUGAAGAAGAUGCAACCUACGUUCAUUUUCCAUCAAAUAAAUUUUUGUUUGCACCAGUUGCUGUUGGAGAUGAAUCUCCUCCUAAACAAAUGUAUCAAUUGUAUAAUGGUGGUUCAAGACCAGUCCGUUUUGAAAUAGAUUGUACACAGUUGCACAGUUUACAGUCAGAGAAUUUUGAUCAUGCUGUAUUCGAAUGCCUUACAACCAGGGGUGAGAUUAAACCUCAACAAAACUUUGCCGUCGAAUGGAAAUUCUCACCUUUGGAAGCUAAAACAUAUACGGUCGAUGUACCAAUUCAUAUUCAUAAUGGUGAUACAUCUUUAAUUACUUUUAUUGGAAUCGGCUAUGACAAGAGAGAUGGAAUAGAAGGUCUGGUUACAAAUGAACCGAACGAUGCUCCCGGGGUUCCUCCAAAACAAAACAUACCAGAAAGAGGUCAGCUUUGCUUUUUAUCGGAAGAGAAAAUUAGUUUUGGAGAUAUACCUCUAUUCGCCGUUGUAAGACGAACUGUCGCUAUGACAAACAAAAGUGACUCUCAUCCAAUAUCCUUUAGUUGGAAUGUCGCAAAUGAAGUCCACAACCAGAUAAUUGCAGUUGAACCGAAUAGUGGAUUCUUACAGCCUAAUGAAUCAAUUCUUUGCAAAAUUGUUCUAACCACAGUCGGUGAAGCUACAUUCUAUGAUAUUGACUUAGUGUGCGAGGUUCACAAUAUGACGAUUGUCUCCAAAUAUAAAGCAGAGUUAGAAUCAUGGCAAAGUGAAUACGAACGACAAAAAGUUCAGUUUGUUAUUACAGAGGAUAACUUAUAUGCUGACAAACUGUUGCCAGUUAGUCCUACGGUGAGCCCAAGUCCAACCAUAAUAUCAGAUGGGAAAUCAUCUCCUAACCGCUUAUUAUCCCGUUGCGGAAAAGAGCCAACAGCUCCGGAAUUCUCAAAAUAUAGAACUCUUCCUCCUAUUAAAUCUUCUGAUUUAGCUACGUUGGAAAAAUUACGACGGGAGAACGAAGUGUUCGAACGCCUCUAUUGGGUCAUGCCACAGGCUCCAAAACCGUUUAUUCAGCAUCUAACAAUAACUGGUCGUUCUCAUCAAAUAAAUACAUUUUUGGAAAAUUUCCCAGAUCAAUAUGCCUCUCACUUUAUUAACAAAGAACUAAAUACUGCGGAAAUUCAAGAAGUGUAUGAAGCCGAAGGAGAAACCGUCUGCAAUCAAGAAGAAUUUGAUAUGACCGCUUUGACUUUGGGAACAAUAAUAAAAUCUUUACUGGAUGAAUCAACAUUUAAAGAGGCCGUAUUGUCUAUACGUAACGAACCUAUUCCGUAUUUUCAACAAAUUAAGGGAGCCACGAUAGAUACUGAAUCUUCACCAAUAGAAAUUGACUUGGAAGAACAGGAAGUUGUACCAGGUUCGCCAUUAAAUUCACCUAUAGCCGUCAGUUCACCUAUAUCGGAACCGUCAUAUAAUUCAAGUCCAGUGGAGGAAAGAAAGCAAUCAAAGCCUGCCUCUAACAGGGAAAAUAAUGAGACAACAACGGUUGAAAAGAUUUUGGAAAAUACGCUUUCUAAUAUUCUUCAGGAAGCUUUUUCAAGAGAAUUCAAUAUAACUGCAAGACCUAGACUCAUUGCAAUGAUACCGAGACCGAAAUCUGGCAGCAUAAAGAGCGAAUAA